UCUCUAACAAUCAAAUCAAUACAAGAGAGAAAAAUAAUAUAAUGUCACCAGUUGGAUUACCACCUGGGUUUAGGUUUCAUCCAACAGAUGAAGAGCUUGUUAACUAUUAUCUAAAGAGGAAGAUCAAUGGCCAAGAAAUUGAACUUGAUAUCAUUCCUGAGGUUGAUCUCUACAAAUGUGAACCAUGGGAAUUAGCAGAAAAAUCAUUUUUGCCGAGUAGAGAUCCAGAGUGGUAUUUCUUUGGACCAAGGGACAGAAAAUACCCUAACGGAUUCAGAACAAAUAGAGCAACACGAGCAGGGUACUGGAAAUCAACAGGUAAAGACAGGAGAGUUUCAAGCCAAAGCAGACCAAUUGGUAUGAAGAAGACUUUGGUUUAUUAUAGAGGAAGGGCUCCUCACGGAAUCAGAACUGAUUGGGUUAUGCACGAAUAUCGUCUCGAUGACAAGGACUCUGAAGACACCACCGGUUUACAGGAUACUUAUGCUUUGUGCCGUGUGUUCAAGAAAAAUGGAAUAUGUACGGAUGUUGAAGAGCAAGUAGGGCAUUGUAGUAACAUGUCUUCACUAAUUGAGAGCUCACAAACCAUAAUCAAUAAUAAUAACAAUAAUAGUAAUAAUAAUAAUGAGUAUUGUGAAACCAUGUCACCAGACAUAGCAGGGGUUUCAUCUUCAUGUUUGGAAGAGGAAGACAAAGAUGAUUCAUGGAUGCAGUUCAUCACAGAAGAUGCAUGGUACUCUUCUAAUGCACCAAAUAUGGUUGGUGGUGAAGAAGUUUCACAUGUUACAUUUACAAGCUAAUAUAUAUUUUUCAAGAUUGGUGGUCAAUAAUUAAUA